CUGCCACUCUGGGUACACUGGCUUGAAUGUGUCCACUACCAACAACCACUUGACCCUGAUGACAAUGUCUUCCCUGUGAUGGGGGCUAAUGGUGUUGUACAGCCCCACAAGCCAAUCUCGCACAAUGCUGUGCAACAGUGGAUCAAUGAAGCAACAACUGGCAUGGGAAUUCAAGGCUCCUUCUUGACCCAUUGCUUUCGAUGGGGUGGAGCACAGUACAGGUUUAUGCUGGCCCCUGUUGGCAAGUGCUGGUCCCUCAAAAAGGUCCACUGGUGGGGGGGCUGGGCUGAGGGGGAGCAUGUA